AUGACCAAAGGAAUAAUGGGACGAGCUCGGCUAAAUUUUGAUGAACUGUAUCCCAUUUUGUGUGAAGCUGAGAGCAAUAUAAAUAAUCGACCUCUAACUUAUCUUUCCGAAGAUGUCGAUGGCGUACAUCCCUUAACUCUAUCUUUAUUUCUGCAAGAGAUCCGAUUUGGAAGUUUACCUGAACUAGACGUAUAUGAUUCAGCACAUCUAAAUAAACGCUUCCGCUAUUGCCAGAAAUUAAAAGAUAUAAUGGAAAGAUUCUGUAUUGAGUACUUGGGUCAAUUGAAAAAUUAUUCAAAAAACAAACUCCCCACCACCUUUAAAGUUGGCCAAAUUGUUCUUGUAGGAAAUGACAAUGCUAAAAGGUUAGACUGGCCUAUGGCUAAAAUACUGGAACUUUAUCCUGGAGUUGAUAGAAACUCUCGUGUUGCACGAAUAAAAACUAUGAAUGGAGAACUUGUUCGACCAUACCAAAAACUUUAUCCACUGGAAGUAGAAGAUGAAAAGAGAUCCCCCUUGAUUGAAGAGACAGCAUCAAUGGAGACUUCGAAUGCUAACUGUCAAGAACAAGGAACCCGAUGUGACCGGGUAGUAAAACCUGUUCAGAGACUCGGACUGUGA